GGUACCUAGUACAGCUUUUACCUUUACAUUAGGUCCUCGGAAGUUGCUUUAUAACCAUUUAAACACUUUCUUGGUUUAACAUUUUAUACAACGCCACCAUAUUAAUAUAGUAUUCUUCAACCUUCCUACCGACGACUUGGUAAAAGUUGAAGGUUUGAAAACAAUAUCAUCUAAAUGCGCACGGCUGAAGAUGAUUGGCCCCUGGCGUUCAUCACUACGACAUCGCUACUGUGUUAACACACCGUAUUUACCUGAAUCUAGCCGACCUUAUUCAUAUCAAACAUCAUGACGCGACGGAUAGUGCGCACCAUAUCCCAGCUCGCCGCUGCCGCCGUCUUCGCAUUCUUCGUCAUCUUCCUCCUAGAUCGGAACUUUCGACUCCUCCCGAAUUCCGUCCACGAGUAUAUGCCCCAGCAUCACCAUGGCCAAGUCGUCACCGACGUAACGAUUACCCAGUGUUCCAAAGUCAACCUGUUUUCUUCCUGCAAGCUUGACCCUCAAAAAUGGCACAGGGUCGAGAAGAACCUCUAUCUGGAUCAGUCGUGGAUCUCCAAGGCCUAUAUCCACGUCCAGAGGAAGAAAGAGGAGGAGCUGGAGGCGGACGACAAGGUGGUCGUGGGUGUCACGGUGGGUCGACUGGAUCCUUCGACAGGAACUAAAGGGCAGACGGGUGAAAAGUGGGAGUCCCGUUCAGCGGGUUUAUGGGUACUUAGGUCGUCUAAGCGGACGGCGAGCGACUCGAAGCAGGCUGUUACGGACGUCGACGUUGUCUUCGGCGAUGACGCUGUCGAAGUUCGAGAUGGCUGGCAGUUACAGAAUACCCCGUUAUUACUUCAGACUGGCCCAGAUAUACCAAGUGCCCAUAUCACAGUCCGCCAGGGAAGCCCUAUUGCGCCUACGAAGCCCCAACCGCGAGUGAGGGAUAAUGGCAAAUUCAAGAUAAUGCAGCUGGCAGAUCUUCAUUUGAGCACGGGCGUUGGUCAUUGUAGAGAUGCGGUUCCGGACGAGUAUGCAGGUGGACCCUGCCUGGCAGAUCUGCGAACUUUGGAUUUCGUGUCCAAGUUGCUAGACGAAGAGAAGCCGGACCUGGUUGUGCUUAGUGGUGAUCAGGUGAAUGGAGAUACCGCCCCCGAUGCGCAAUCGGCCAUUUUCAAAUAUGCACAGCUACUCAUCAAGCGCAAAAUCCCCUACGUAUCCAUAUUCGGCAACCAUGACGAUGAAGGAUCACUACCCAGAGCUGGGCAGAUGGCACUGAUCGAGCAGUUGCCAUACUCGUUAUCCGUAGCCGGACCAGACGAUAUUGACGGGGUUGGUAAUUACUUUAUCGAGGUCCUCGCCCAGGGGAGCUCACAACAUUCCGCUCUUACGAUAUACUUGCUCGAUUCCCACUCUUAUUCUCCGGAUGAGAGACAAUGGAGCGGCUAUGAUUGGAUCAAAAAGAGCCAAAUUGACUGGUUCAGACAUACUUCCGAGAGUCUGAAGAAGAAGCACAAGGAGUAUACUCAUAUCCACAUGGAUAUCGCCUUUAUUCAUAUCCCUCUGCCGGAAUACAGGGAUGAGGAGUCGCAAUAUGUGGGUCAACUACGGGAAGGCGUUACGGCCCCCACUUACAACUCUGGAUUUCGCGAUGCCUUGGUCGAGCAGGGUGUCGUUAUGCUUAGCUGUGGACACGAUCAUGCCAAUGAGUAUUGCAUGCUUUCGUCUAAUAAGGAGACGAAAAAGCCCGAGUUGUGGAUGUGUUACGGUGGUGGCGCCGGAUUUGGAGGGUAUGGCGGGUAUGGUGGCUUCAUUCGUCGGGUUCGCUUAUUUGACAUCGACAUGAACGAAGCCCGAAUCACAACCUACAAACGGGUCGAAUACGGCGAUACGUCAGCUCGCGUCGACGAACAAAUUAUCGUCGACGGUGGUAGCGUUAUAGCUCCUAAAGAACAGAGCUAAAAAGUACCUAACCUAAUCUAACCUAAACAAACCUAACCUGUCCUAAAUCAUCGGGAGGAUCUCGAAAUUUUUUGAAGGAAGUUUUAAAAACUCUUUACGACGUAAUGCCAUCUCAAUUCUGCUUUGCUCUUCGUGUCGGGCGGGGAGCUUGGAUGAUGACUGCUAGGUAACUCGCGAUUUUUUUGGGCUAGUCUAUGAUAAGAUCGGGUUGGCGUUCCACGAUGCUAGUUGAUGGCAGUAUGUAUGUAUGUGUGUAUGUGUAUACGUCGAGUACACGUGGAAAAAAUAAGAAGAAAAAAAAAAGGGGGGGGGGGGUGCUCAGGGGCGUUUUUGGAGCUGACUAUAGAAGUGGUUGAAUAGGGAGGAAAGGGGGGAGGCUAUAGUGUUCCGAUU